AUGAAAUCUUCCGAAGAAAUGGUGAAAUCAAUUCAAGAUGGAAAGUCGGUCAACUUCAAUGCAAUCGCUUCAAGAUUGAACGCUCCAACUCAAACUGAAGCUGUUGCAAGAGAAACAGAGAUGGCACAAAACAAGAUUCUCUAUUCUGCAAAGCUCGACAAGAACUUGCGAAGAUCAGCAUACUUUGAGACAAACAAGAGAACCUUUAAAUCAAACAUCAUGCUGAAGUUUGUGACGAAGGCGAUGGAUAUCAAGCUUCGAGGUGAAUCCAAUUUCACGACUACUCUUGAAGAUCCAAUCAAACUCUUGAAACGUAUUGAACCAUUCAUGAAGAAGAGUGCUGAUGCUGAGUAUGAUUUCUUGGAUUUCUGGGAAGCGAAUCAAAAGUUCUUUGCUAUGAAGCAAGGAACAACAAAAAACUUGAUGCAUUUCAAGGAACGAUUUUUGAGACAGGCUGAGGUCCUGCAAGAUCUAUAUGGCGUGGCCUGGUUCCGAGAUUUUGCAGUCAAGACAAAAGCGUAUGCUGCUAUUGCUAGCACCGAUACUGCUGCUCAAAACAAGUUCAAGGAUGGAAGCGUUAGCACACCUUUACAACUUUUACAACUUGCUGGUACUACAGGUAAUCAAAUGAUGCAAAUUCCUUUGGGAAUGCAGCUCAUGCAGAUUCCAACUCAAGGUGGUGGCACUGUUACUGUCCCUUAUUCUAUGAAUGCUAACGGUGAGAUUGCGUUCAGUGGAAUGCAACUCAGCCGACAAGGCUUCGCUCAAGUGCGCCAAGGAUUUGAUGCAACUCAAGCUCGAACUCCGCAAGCUGCAAAAACUGGAUAUUUUGAUACGUCAAACGUCUUUCACGAUGCUAUCAAGGGAAAGGAUGAGAAUGGCAAUGAUGUCUAUCUUAUUCCAUGUCCUACUGGUACAACAAAUGUCAAACUUCAAGCCGACUGGCACUAUGCUAGUGAAGAUGAAGAUUUGCCUGAUCUUGCUACUGAAGCAGAUUGA